ACAGACAUAAAUUUCACCUAGAUAUUACAGUAUUUAAUUUAUGACAGCGCAUUUUAGCACAAAGCAUAGGCUCCAACAUUAAUGAUGACGAGAACUACCGAAAUGAUUAGUUGAUCCAACCAAAUUCCACCACUCUCAGACAACAACAAGCGCACGUUAGCACACCACAAAGUUUCGAUUCACACGAGGAAGAACCCAGCAACCUUAACCCACCACCUACAAAUCCGAGGUUCUUGUCCCAUUUCAUAGAUCGAUCUAUUUUGGUGUCCCAAAUAACAUUUAACGUUGAAAAUUCGUUAAAGUUGCAAACUUUUUGGUCUGAGGAAGAGAAAAAGAAUCAAGGGCAAUGGUGGAAUGAAGAUAAUAAAGGGUUAUGAUGGCAAGAAGUGAGUGGGGGAUUCAACUUCAAUCAAGAGGAGGUGGAAAGUGGGUUUGUUCUUACAAGAAAAUCACUAUCUUAGUUUGUCUUUUCAACAUUGCCAUUGCUCUCUAUUGUCUUCGUUCUCUUUAUGCUUCUCUUUAUAUCUACUCUGGUAGUGUUUCAAGAAACAUUGUGGUGUAUAAACCAGAUCAGAUUCGAAAAAUGGAAGAAUCAAAUCGAAUCAGGACGUCAUACAAACCGGUGAAGUUAAUGAAAUUGGUGAAGGAAUUAGAAGGGGAGUUUUCAAUCCAAAAUACGGAGGUUGAGUUACCGCAGCACUUGAAACAGAAGAUAAUUGAUGAGGUCUUGCAGAGACUAGUUAGUUUGAAUAGCAGAAGCAAUAAUGGAUCUCACUCCCAAGGCAUUGCUAUGGAGCGAGAUGCAGUUGAAAAUUGGCGCAAGGAAAAAUUGGAAGAAGUUAAAUUGGUUUCUGCGGGAGGGAUUUCCAACUCUACCAUUUCUCACGAAGAGGCAGGGAUGCUAGUAAAAGCUCUGGAGUCCGAUUGGGCUGUGCUUGCCGAAGAAAUUGGCCUAUGGAUACCUGUUGAGGUUGUGAAUGUAGAACAUAAUGACAAACCUGAUGGUGUAGAGGAUUUAGAGGAGGAAGUUCUUCCAGGCAGGGCCCUUCCACCUGAGUGCAAACCUGAACUUCAUACAGAUUAUGACGGUUCUGCGGUUAGAUGGGGUCUUACUCACCACAAAGAUAGUGCAGCUGAUUGCUGUCAAGCUUGCUUGGACCAUGCUAAACGUGCCAAAGAAGGUGAAAAAAAAUGCAAUAUUUGGGUUUACUGCCCGUCAGAAUUUGGAUGUCAUUCACCAGAUAUUUAUCAGCACAAACAUAUGGAAUGCUGGCUUAAAUAUGCAGAGAAACCCAAACUAAAUUUUAAGGAUAGGUAUCCCGAAUGGUAUCGAAAUUCACGUCCAUCUGCACCAGUGAUUGUUCCAUGGGCCUCUGGAGUUGUUGCUGCUUGAGAUAAAUAAUAACAAGCACAGAAGGCGGUAUGGUAUACCACGAGCAACCUAAGUCCGGAGCUACCUUGUAGAUUAUUACAGGCACUCAAAGCUAGCUUUGGCAAAGCCUUUGUCAUGCUUUGUGAAUUAUACUAUUUGUUGUUCAACAUGUUUUUGCCUUUUUAAAUUAAUGAGAUGGGGGAGUAAAGGAAAUUUUUCGGACAUGGUUUUGGUCAAAGUGCGAUUUUUGACAGGCUCAUAGUCUCCAUCCUAAGAAUUUUGAUAUACGAAUGGGUGCCUUAAACAUCAGAUUUUUCCCCCAACUACAUGUGUAACAGAGUUUUAGAUUCUUAGACGGUGUAAUCGGAGGUUUGAUCACAGAAACAGAUAUUUACUUUCUUGAAAAGUGUUUUGGACAUUGUUAUUUUCCACGUUUGUAUUCACCAAAAUGUGAAACAAACAUGCCUGUAACGGACGAGGAAAUUGUUUUGUUGUGUGAGCUAUCAUGAUUCAUUGUAUCAGGAAUUUAAGUUCCUACUCAUAAUAUAAUUCAUGUUCGAGAUAUUGUUAUUAUUGAUGA